CCCACGGCGGCGCUGGCGGCGGUGAGGACUGGGCGGCCCCUGCAGCCCGCUCUUGGCCCUCGGUCCUCCUCGGGCCCAGACCCUCCCUCCUCGCCGUCCCUGGAAGCCUGACCGCCGGCUCGGCCCGCGCCGCCCCGAGCCAGGGAGCACGGCCGAGGUGAGCUGAGGGGACAGUCUGACGACACACAGCCUAAAUCCUAAAAUUGGAGGUCCAGAACGUUGCUCCUUUUUGUGAGUCUUGAACUGGCAGCUGUCAGGACCCUGUAGGACCUCAAAGGGAAAUAAAAGGUGCCCUGGGCCUGUUUAGAGCCAUUCCUAGUCAAAUGAAGCAUCCUCUGCUUUCCCUUCUGCGGAGACCACUUUAAGAAAGGAAGGCUUCCCUGUGACCUCUGCUUACGUCCCUGGAAUACUCCUUCCCUUUCCAGCUCUGCCUGCAGUGGAGCACAAAGACCUGGAGGAGACUCCCACCGCCUUCGGGGAGAAGAAAGGAGGCAGCGAAGCAGAUUAAAGGAACUUGUGGCUUGUGGCCUUUAGGGGGCAGGGGCCGCCUGGAAGGGGAGCGAAGUGCUGGCGAGCGCCCGUGGCGGUGAACGAGCUGUGAGAUGCGCCGCCGCUGCUGCUGCUGCUGCUGCUGCUGCGGCCGCCGCUGAAGCUCGAGUCCGGGACGCGCCAGCCGCCCUUUGUGCUUCGGGUACAUGUGUCUGUUCAGGCCGGCCGGGGGCGCCCAGCAGCGAGUCCACCACGGCGGCCGGGGAGCGAGCGCCCGCCAUGCCCACGGAGACGCUGCCCACAGGUAGCAUGGUGAAGCCGGUCAGCCCCGCGGGCACCUUCACCUCGGCCGUGCCCCUGCGCAUCCUCAACAAAGGGCCUGACUACUUCCGCAGGCAGGCCGAGCCCAACCCCAAGCGGCUGAGCGCCGUGGAGCGGCUGGAGGCCGACAAGGCCAAGUACGUCAAGAGCCAGGAGGUGAUCAACGCCAAGCAGGAGCCGGUGAAGCCUGCCGUGCUGGCGAAGCCGCCCGUGUGCCCGGGCGCCAAGCGCGGGCUCGGCAGCCCCACGCUCAAGGUGUUCGGCAACCAUGCCAAGACCGAGAGCGGCGUGCAGCGGGAGAACCUCAAGCUCGAGAUCCUGAAAAACAUCAUCAACAGCUCUGAGGGCUCCAGCUCGGGCUCGGGCCACAAGCACAGCUCCCGGAACUGGCCGUCGCACCGGCCGGACGCCAGCGACCUGCACCGCCACUCCUUCGCCGAGUCCCUGAAGGUCUACCCCACGCCGGGGCGCGGCAGCCCCCAAGAGAGCAGCUCGCACGUGAGCAGGAGGCUGCUGGAGCAGUCGGCCGAGUCCUUCCUGCACGUGUCCCACAGCUCCUCGGACAUCCGCAAAGUGUCCAGCGUGAAGCCCCUCAAAGCCAUCCCCUGCAGCAGCUCCGCCCCUCCCCUGCCUCCCAAGCCCAAGGUCACCGCCACCGCCACCGCCACCGCCACAGCCACCGCCACCGCCGUGAAGUCCCCUGAGGCCGCCGACCCCGUGGAACCCGCCUGUGGCGUGAGCCGCAGGCCCUCGCUGCAGCGCUCCAAGUCAGACUUGAGUGACAGGUAUUUCCGAGUGGACGCCGACGUGGAGAGGUUCUUCAACUACUGCGGACUGGACCCCGAGGAGCUCGAGAACCUGGGCAUGGAGAACUUUGCAAGGGCUAAUUCUGACAUCAUAUCCCUGAACUUCCGCAGCGCAAGCAUGAUCAGCUCAGACUGCGAACAGUCUCAGGACAGUAACAGUGACCUUAGAAAUGACGACAGUGCCAAUGAUCGGGUGCCCUAUGGCAUCUCCGCCAUCGAAAGGAAUGCUAGAAUCAUCAAGUGGUUAUAUAGCAUCAAACAAGCGAGAGAGUCCCAGAAGGUCUCGCACGUGUAAGAGACAGCGUGGCAAGGAGGGAGGGAGGGGCUGUCUGUGCAUACCCAGUCGUGAAGGUCGUGAGGUCUACCUUGCAGUGUUGUGAGCUUCUCCGCUCUUUGUGUUGCUUGUUGUGCAAUGUUUCCAAGUUGCAUGCCUGUCAACAUGGGGACUGGCCUGGCUUCCUCGCCACCACCGCUGCAGAGCCUGGCUGAACGCACGAAACAUCUGCCAAAGGUUUCAGGCCAGCAUCUGAUUAGGGCUUUGCUCUUAAGCAAAACUGUUUACAUGGAAACAGUAUACGGUUCCUUCAAUAUUUAUGUGGUUCUUGUGUUUUUCUAUCCCACGCUCUUGUGUCUUAAUUAAAAGUUUUAUCAACUGGCUUUUAAGUUGACAGCAGAAUCUUUUGGAAAUUAAAAAGCCACUUUGCCUACAAUGGGAGGCCGUAACAAUGGGGGAAAAAUCUGUCAAAGAAGUCUUCUACCAAAUGGAUAGUGACUGAGCAACAUAGAGCCAGGCUGGGUUUUCUGUGGAAUAAAGUGGUGACCCCUGAUGUUCAUGGUUUACACGUGGAAUUUCUCUUGCCGCUUAGUGAAGCAGUCUUUUGGGGCAGCAGUGCUAUGUUUUAUGUCUGAUUUAGUGUGGAAACGGUGGUGUUUCUGUGUAAUACUGACCCAGAAGAAAGACAAUCAGGUUCAGUGAUAAGGGAUGAAAUCUAGCAAGUUGGGUGAUGGGGGGUGGGGUGGGUUUUGUCUUGGUGUUCUGAUUUGGGGCAAUUCAGCAGCUUCUAGUAUUAAGGUUUUGACAGGCAUGGCCACCCUGAAACUGAUACUGAAUGCCUUUACAUUUUUUUAUUUUUCUUUUGGUCAAGAACUACUAAUUUCAUUCUAUUUCUCUUCCUCUCUCCCUUCGUUGUUGUUUUAUCUGGGAGAGAGGGGUGGGGCUGGCUCGGGUUUGAGCUGUGUGAAGACAUGAACAGAAACGGAAAUAGCAGCCAUAUCAGUAUAGGGCCUCCCAUUCAGAAGCGAAUACCUUUGGUAGCUGAACCCUAUGCGAGCAGUGCCAGUCUGUCUAGCAUAUGUUACUCUCUGGGGCUGUGGAUGUCUGUUACACCUCUAGGAAACUGUAGAAACGUGACACUACGUAGCUUUUCCACCCUGUGGUCUCCAGUGAUGCCUAUCAACUUGUCCCCUUUGUUCCCCAACCGCCUGUCCUCCAGGUGGGUUAGUUGGCUGUCAACCAGCUGACUGCGUGGUGUGGUAGCAGACAGGUAACUGUGCAGGGUCCACUCCAUUGCUCUUGUUGUCAAGCUCUGAAAUUCUCAGCAGCACUACCUUAGAUUCCAUCAGCUAAUAGGAAACUUUUUAUGGUGUAAAUUCUGUAAGACUUUGUACAUACUUCAGUUGUUAUGAAAUCUUUAAGAAAAAAAAAAAGUUAUGCUAAUAAAUAGCUCUGGUGCAGGCACUAAUGGUGGUGGUUUCUCCUUGUCCUUUUCCUUUUCUCUCUCCCUGAAAGUUUCACUUGGGACUGUGGGCCACCAGUGGAUUUGUGAUACCCUUGAAGAAACAGUAUUUCGUUAAGUUGCUUUCACCGUAUCUCAAUGGUUCUGAACAGCAGUGUUCGCAACUGUAGCUGUAGCUGGGUGCUUCGGCUCACAGAGUGACAUCAGUGUUCCUGAAAUACUCUGUCGCCUCUUCACUUCGUUCACACUGCUGUUAUUUUUGGCUUUUCUUAAACAUCAGGACUUUCCACAUCUUCCAAAGGACUCUUCAGGUGUAAAUAUGUAUGAAUUCUCACUGUGGGCGUAUGUUUGGAAUAUAUGGCCUUGUUUUUAUUUGUGCAAGCCCAACAUCAGUACCCUACACAUGCCGAUCUGUUCGUCCACUUGCUCACCCAUUCCUCUGUCAACAUGUCCUCUGCUAAGUGACUCUGUUUCUUAGGCAUCGAGAUGGGUGCUGGGCUGCCAGGGUCCACCACCAAGUCUGUUUCUCAAAGGGCUUGCAUAUUUCCACGCUUCGUUUAAGAGAUACAUCAAGUGGACAUGUCCUAUCUUCUCUUAUUCAGACAUGGAGUAUUUAAUGAAUACCUAUGGAAUCAGGCUAUUCGAAGAUUAACAUUUCUUCCAAGGUUCUACAAAAUCUGCACAUGUAAAAAGGAGCAUUACUUAAAAAGCAGGUUUUUAGAAAUGAAUGAUAGGAUUCUCAGACUAUUCAUUUGUAGACAUUUUUCUUCUGAAAAGAAAAUUUAGUUUCAGGACACUUUCUAUUGGUUUUUAAUCACUCCUGAUUUGCUCAUUGAUGUUCAUUCAAACCCUGGUCUCUGGAAGAAACAUUCAGGAAUGCAGCUAUGACUGGUGAUGAUACAAUACCUUCAAAAUAAUAGAAUAAAAUUGUUGCUUAAAAAUUUUUUCUCCCUUCACCAUUUGUGUAGAAUUGCAGGAUUUUAAAACAUAUGGCUUAGUAUUUGCAUACACAUUAUUUUCUGGGACUAUUGAAAUACUCAAAGUAGAUGGUACUUUCCUAAGGAAACCUUUUUGGGGGGAGAUGGAAACUUUAAUAUCCCUGCUUGUGCUAUUUUAGUCAUAGAAUGUGUUUAGAUCCUCCAGUAUUUCAAUACUUUGAUCUGUAUUCGGACACAAUGAUAAAGCACCCCACCAUAAUUCAGUCUAUUCCUCCACGGCCUUAUUUGUACAAUGGACAAAUAUGAAGCUUUUGGAAGGAGAGAGCUCAUUAUUUUUCUUUUGUUCUUGAAUUAAGAGUUUCUGUAAGGGACCAUUUCAACUGCUUAAUAUUAAAU